GCUGCCCUACCCUGGGCCCAACAGCGCGCUCCUCGGCUGCCCAGAAGGGUCACUUGAGGGACCGGGAGAGCGAGGUUCCCCUUCUCCAGUCCGGAGCCCCGGGCUUUGGGGCAGCCCCACAACGCCCCGAGCAGACCCCUGCCGCGGCCAAUCGCAACGCCACCAGGGGUCGGCCCCGGGGGUAUUAAACCCGCGCAGAACAGACCGCUGGCAUCGUCCAACAACCGCCGCCCUGAACACCGCGGCGCCUGGCUGGGCUGGGCGGCAGGCAUCAUAAACCCCAACGUCACGCGCCGCGCAUGCGCAUUGCGUCUUGUCCUCAUUUCCCCGCGUAGUGUGCGCUGCCUCACUCUCUGGCGCAUGCGCCUUUCCUUCCCCAAUGGCCUCCCUGAGUUCUCAGGCGCGCACGCGCGUUUCAUCUUCGGGCCUCAGUAGUGGCGCAUGUGUUUUCGUUGCCGUUGAGGUGGAAAGCCUGCGAAAAAGUCCCGGAUGUACAGUGCUUCUCCACGCCCGGCUUCUAAAGGAGCUGUUCGCUCCACGUUAGGCGCAUGCGCAUUCUGCGGAGCGUUGUUUCCUUGGCAGCUGUUGUUUGUUUUCGGCAAAACUAGCGUAAGAGACUGCGGCGGGGGAUGAGGAAGAAACCAAGUGGCUGGGGGGAUAGGGGGCAGCCGCGGCAGCAGCGGCCCUAGCUCGAGGCGGUGCCGGAGACCCGGUCAAAAAUGCUGAACUCUGAGAAAGAAAGGUGUAGUGUAUUGAGCCAUUCUUAAUAUAGGACUCAAAAUGCCACCAGCGGAGAGUGAGGCAAAGGCAAAAACCAAGGUUCGCUUUGAGGAAAUAUUCAGGAGUCAUUCUGGGCUAACAGAAAAAAAGAAAUCAAAGAAGCAAAAAUUUCACUCUCAUGAGAAUAUUGUGCUUGACACCUUUAGAAAUAAUCUUGAUCUAGCUAAAGAAAGUGGAAAUGAUGAGGUAAUUAUAAACAAUACGUAUAAUCCUGAGGAAAAGAGCCCCCGGUUUACAAAAAACAAACUAAGAGACAAAGCCUCAGUUUCAGAAAAAAUAAACAAUGAUGUUGUUAGUGGAGAAGAAAACAAGCAACCAAAGUCUAACAAGAAGAAAAAGAAAGCAGUGUUACAAGAACAAUUUAAUGAGGAGGAAAAUGUAUAUGAAACUAAAUUGGAGAGUUUUGAAAAACAGAUUACUGAUUUGCCAAAGAAAAAAACAAAAAGUAAAUCACAAACAGAUGCAUCUCAUCAAAAAGGUAACAACAAGAUAAAAAGUACCUUGAAUGAAGCGAGAGAUGUAACUGAAUUAGAAGAGGAAGAACAGCUAAUUCAAGCCUAUCAGCUGCAAGUGGCUGAGGAUGAGGCAAAUAUAAUUAAGGAAAAAAUAAGAAAAAAACUUAAAGAACAGAUGUCUGAAUUCACCUCCAGUGUUCAAAGCCAAAAAGUUGUAUUGAACAAUGAAGUGGGCAAAAAGAAGAAAAAGACGAAAGAAGUGCCAGUUGUAUCUGAAACUGAAACAAGUGUGAUGUCCCUUGCUGAACUACAGUGUAACCCAGUGGAAGAUAAUACCAGAAAAAAUAAGUCAUCAGGAAGACUGCUUGCAUCAUAUUUUAAAGAUGAAAUGAACACAGAGGAACACAAGGAGGAGGAAGAUGUGGAAAAACUGAAACCUAAAAUAAAGAAGGCAAAAAAGAAAUCUAAAAAAGAAGAAAAUACAGAAAUUGCUGCAGAAAAUAUACAGGAAAUGAACAGUCCAGAAGUUUGUACUCAAUCCAAACUUGCUUUUGAUGACAGCCUUGUGUUAGGGGUUUACAUCCAUCGAACUGAUAGACUUAAAACUGAUCUUAUGGUAUCGCAUCCCAUGGUCAAGAUUCAUGUGAUUGAUCAGAAAACUGGUUUAUAUGUCAAGAAAGAGCAUAGCAGCCGGGCAGUUUCAUCUUUUUAUGAACAAGAGCGAGUGGAACACAUUCUUCCUAUUAUGACCCAGCCUUACGAUUUCCGACAAUUUAAAUCAACACUUCCAGAAUGGGAGGAACAAAUUGUAUUUAAUGAACGUUUUAGUUAUUUCCUUCAAGAUGUUGAAGAAAGCCCCAAAGUAGUCCUGUUUUUUGAGAUCCUUGAUUUCUUAAGCAUGGAUGAAGCAAGAGCCAACUCUGAAGUGCAAAUUCAGGAAAGUGGUUUUCGCAAAAUCUCUUGGGCAUUUCUAAAGAACAUAUGGCAUGCUUACAAAGGAGGCGCUAGUACUGAUGGGCCGGAUGGUCAAGAGGGGAGUGGAAAAGUCGAGAGGCACCAGCCUUAUCAGAAUCACUCAGAUGGCAGAUUGAUUGACCCUAAAACAAAGCUUGUAGGUGCAAAUGGAGUCCUAAACAUUGAUGGGAAACUACGUCUGCAAUUAUAUUAUCCACCUCCAAGGACCAGGACACAGUCAAAUGUUGUUGAGGUUUUUGAUUGGUGGGCAAAAGGUCCUAGAAAUCGUUACCCGUCAACAUUAUAUGUAACUAUAAAAGGCAUAAAACUACCAGAUCAUGUAGAUCCUUCUUUCCGUUCUAUGAUGGCUGUUCAGCAGGAACAAGGUAGCACGUCAUUCUGUGAGCUCCAGAAUGAGGUAUCAAAAAAAGCUAGUGUAUAUAGUCCACAUGAGAAAAAGGAGCAGUUGAAAUGGACGAGACUGCCUGGACAGGCUUGUCGUAUACCAAACAAGCAUCUCUUUUCACUGAGAGCGGGAGAUAUGGGAUGUUUCUGUAUUCGUUUUUCUCAAGAUGGAAAAACAUUAGCAGCAGCCUGUGCAGGGAGGGAUGGUUAUCCCAUUAUUUUAUAUGAGAUUCCUUCUGGACAAUACUUGAGAGAAUUUUAUGGCCACCUUAAUAUUGUAUAUGAUCUUUGUUGGUCAAAAUAUGAUGAGUACCUCCUUACUGCAUCCUCUGAUGGCACUGUCAGAAUGUGGACAAUUGAGACCCAGGCUACAACUUCUGUGAGAGUUUUCCCUCAUCCUUCAUUUGUUUACACUGCAAAGUACCAUCCAGUUGCUGACUAUCUUGUGGUGACAGGAUGUUAUGACUCUGUGAUUAGGGUAUGGAAUACAAAAGUGAAAGAGAUCUAUGGUCAGUUGCUACAGGAGUUUGAUGGUCACAAAAGUUUCAUCAAUACACUGUGUUUUGAUGCAGAAGGACUUCACAUGUUCUCAGGAGACAGCUCAGGGCUGAUUAUAGUUUGGAAUACCUUUGUCAAAGGAAGUUCUCAACAUCCAGUCCAACACUGGGGUAUUAAUAAGGAAAUAAAAGAAAAUGAUAUUAAAGGGACUCCAAUAAAUCAUUUAGAGGUACAUCCAAAUGGAAGACGUUUAUUAAUCCAUGCCAAAGACAGUGCUCUGAGAAUUAUGGAUCUCAGAAUCUUGGCUACAAAGAAAUACAUAGGUGCCACAAACUAUAGAGAGAAGAUUCACAGUACCUUAACACCAUGUGGGACAUUUCUUUUUUCUGGAAGUGAAGAUGGUAUAGCAUAUGUUUGGAAUCCAGAAACAGGUGAUCAAGUAGCCAUGUAUUCUGACCUCUCCUUCACAUUUCCAGUUCGAGAUGUCGCCUUUCAUCCACAUGAACACAUGGUGUCAUUUUGUGCCUUUGGUCAAAAUCAGCCAAUACUUGUGUACAUUUAUGAUUACAAAGUUGCACAGCAGGAGGCUGAAAUAGUAAAAGAUCUCAAUGGGUCACUCGCAUCAACAACACCCAGAGGGCCACAAAUUCUUAGCAAUUCUUCUCAUAUUUCUGCACAGAAAGAUUCAACAAUGUCUCCAACAGAUCAGUUUGUCAGUGUUGCAAGAGUAUCUAUGAGAAUGCAGAAAGUGAAGCAGAAACUUGACUCUGUUAUGACCAGCUCAAAUCUCAUGCUUCCGGCUCCAUCAAUGCUCUCGCCACACUCCAAGUUAAGGCUGCCAAGUACUCUGGGCAUUUCACUGAUUCCUCAGUAUCCUUUCACAUCUCAAAACGGGAGUUUCAGCCCAGUAGGAAGUCCUCUUAGCCGAACACCAUCAGUCAGACUACAGACGAGUGAUGACCUUCUGGUUACAUCAUGUAUGAGAGGAGCAAAUAAUUCUACACCAGUGCAAGAGAGAGUAGUGGCUCUUUAUGACUACACAGCGCAUCGAUCAGAUGAGCUAACCAUCCAUCGCAGUGACAUUAUCCAAGUGUUAUACAAAGAUAAUGAUAACUGGUGGUUUGGCAGCCUAGCAAAUGGACAGCAAGGCUAUUUUCCUGCUAAUUAUGUGGCUGGUGAAACUGAAUAUGAAAAGGAACAGUCUUCUGAAUUAGUACCAGAUUCUACUCUUCUACACAGUGAACAAACAGAAGCAGAAGUAAGAUAUCCAGCGCCACAUGGGAUGUCAGCAGUCAUCACCAAGUCAGGGGACCUGAAAUUUAUCUCAGAGCAUGACACAGAUAUAGACUCACCUGUGACACAAGUUACAAAGAAGAAGAAAAGGAUACUGAAGAAUGAAACAAUGGAAAAUCCGCCAAAUGUAAUGGCUCUUGACACCCCUGCAUCAUCAAUUACCACUAACAGUGUUGAAAACAAACCUAGAACACAUGGGUUAGAACUGAAGAAGAAGAAAAAAGCAGCGAAAAACUCAAGUGCAAGUGGAAAGACAAAUGUUGCCUUUGAGCCUGACAGUUGAAGUGUAGUCAUCAUUUAACUCCAGAUAGAGGUGUUGCAUUCAGAAUAUUAUAUGCAAAAAAAAUGGAUUUGAAUGGGAUUUAUGCUGAAAUGAUGAUCUCACUUUCAGGAUAAAAAAAAACAUUGAAAACCAAAACAUUAAACAUAGACAAACCCACAAAAUUCCCCCAUACUCCUGUCAAGACAUGCCAUGUGGUAUAGAACCUAAUUCUGCAAGGAACCUGGCACCUCCAGCUCUUACUGAGGUUAACAAAACUUGAGUAUCCAGCACUUCACAGGAUUGGGCUCCUGGACAGUUCAAGCCUGAAGUUUGACUUUCAUAUUUCCCAAGAGCAGCAUUUACAUGUGCAUUCUGAAAUAAGCUAAAUCCCGAUUCUGAUACCUUUCUCAUGCUGACUAGAAUUUUACUGUUGGAAAGAUUCCCAUUGACUUCAAUGGGCGUUGGAUCCAGGCCAUUUUUGAGCAUGAGCAAAGGUGGUAGAGUGAAGUCCAAAGUUGUUAGUACUCUGUGACCCAAAAUGAAACAAGCUUGACCAGGAUAGAAGGUUUUGUGUUAGCAAUUUUGAUUUUCUUGCAAGUAAAAAGGCAGACAAUAUUCUGUAUGUAGCAUGUGAGCACUCUGAAAGAAUCUUACACAGGUCUACAUGAAAACAUACACUUUUUAUGUCUUCCUGUUGUUGAGUAUUCACUUUGGACUAGAUUUUGCAAUCCUUGUUUAUAUUGGUGAACACCUACUCAUGCAAGUAAAUUGACUUCAGUGGAACUACUUGUGAAUAAAGCUCACCAACAUGAGUAAGGAUUGGAAAAUUCAUCUUUUUGGUACAUUGAUUUUUAAAAUGAAGGCUUUUUAUAAAUAUAUAAAUGUGCACUAAAACUUUGUAAAACUCAGUUUUUGCUGCACUCAGAGCAGCAUUGCCAAAUAUAUUUUACUUUAUUUUGAAGAAACGUUUCAUAUCAAAAUGGGUAGUUUAUUUUAUGCUGUGUGUAGUAUUUAUUUCCUUUAUAGUUUAGUUUAUCUAUUUUUGAAAUUAAUAGCACUAUGUUGUGAACCAUUAUUAAUUAUUUCAAUAACUUCUUACAAUACUAUAAUUUUACAUUUGACAUUAAAUGAAUACUUUCCAUCAGU